GUCCCUGGUCAACCCUUUGGUCAACUCUUUGGUCAACCCUUUGGCCAAGUCUUCCUGAUUGCCAGCAUGCCCUCGCUCCUGGACCCGAACGACAGUCGCGAUGGCGGCCAGUCCCUCUCGAUCGCCACCUCCGCAAAGAAGCUGGGCACGUCGCUGGGCCGCUCCUUCGGAUUCCUCGAUCCCGGAUCAGCCUCUGAGACCUCCCCGCUGCUCAGCCCUUCGCUGGGCCCGGGAUCGGCGGGCUCGAGUUCGUAUACCCAUCGCCGCCGACCAUCGCGCAUGAUCACGCCCGAGGGAACCACCAUCAUGAUCUUCCCCGAGGUCUCGACAACCUUCAAGAGCGCCCCGGUGUUUUCGCUCGACCUCCCGCCGUCGCUGGCAGACCAUGUCCCUUCGCCCCUGCAUCGCUCGCAUGCCUCUGAGCUGAACUCGCUCCUGGCGAUGGCCCACGCCAAGAAGAAGAACAUCGAGGUCGUCCAGCUGGGCGUUGGCUCGCUUCUGGCCUUUGUGUUUAUUCUGCUGGCGGGAUAUCUGGCCUACGAUGGUCGCCUCUGGACUGCUGCGGCUGCCAUCGCCGCCCUGGCGCUGCUGCUGCUGAUCCAGCCCUGGAUCGGGCGUCUGUGGCUUUCCAAGUUUGUGGAUGACUUUGAGCUGCAAAUCCUGCACAUGGUCACCGAGUGGAACGGCCGAGCACCUUCCAACGUGCGCUUCCGAGUGAUCCAUGCCAGCAACGUCGCCAAGCUUUCAUAUCUGCCGCUGUUCUGGACCGAAAAUGCCGCACAGGAGCCGCAAAUCCAUGUGUCGAUCCUCGACAUUCCAGAGCCGGCCCAGGCCGAGCAGGUCGUGGUGGCACCCGACCGAAACGGCUUGAUGCUUACUGUCAAGGUUCUGCAUUGAAUACGGAGGAUGCUCUCCCAGCUAUCUACCACUCGGCUCCCAGCUGUCUACCACUCGGCUCUCGGC